AUGCUGAAUGACAAAUUUGACUUCUGGACUAUUACAAUCAGGAUCAUUUUUUUAUCACAAACUACAACUGGAAUUUUUGGAAAUUCCUCUCUUAUAUUCUAUUAUCUUGUCCUUUACUACAGAGAAUACAGAUUAAAGACCACAGAUUUAAUUCUCAUGCACCUAAUGAUAGCCAAUGCCUUGAUCAUUCUCUCUUCGGGAGUACCCCAAACAUUGUCUGUUUGGGGAUUGAAGGAGUUCCUAAAUAAUUUCGGAUGUCAGCUUGUAUUAUUCAUUCAAGGAUUUGGUAGAAGUGUGUCCUUUAGUACAACCUGCCUCUUGAGUGUCUUCCAAACUAUGACUAUCAGUUCCAGUAAAUCCUGUUGGAAGUACCAUAAGGUCAGAGCUUCCAGGUACAUGGGCUUCUCCAUUGCCUUCCUCUGGGUAUUGCAUACCUGGAUCAACUUCAGUUGCUUUGUAUACACAUUUAUCAAUAGAAAUAGCAAAAAUGUGACCAUAACACGAGAUUUGGGGUACUGUUUGCUUAUAAGGAGUGGUGACAUUAGUGACUCAAUUUAUGCAGCAUUGGUGGUGGGCCCUGAAGUCUUCUCUUCUGUGCUCAUUGCCUGGUCCAGUGGCUACAUGAUUUUCAUUCUGUAUGGACACAAGAGGAGGUUAAACCACAUUCAUAGCACAAGUGAUUCUAAGAGAAUCUCUCCUGAGUCCAAAGCUACCCAGAAUAUCCUGGUCUUUGUAUCCACCUUUCUGGCUUUCUACACUCUCUCUUCAAUCUUCAGAGGCUACAUUGCUCUUUUACAUAAUCACAAUUCGUGGCUGAUGAACAUCAAUCACUUCAUUUCUCUGUGUUUUCCCUCUUUUGCCCCAUUUCUUCUUAUGAGUCAUUACCCUGCUGUGUCCAGAUUCAGUUUGGUCUGA